CACCUGUCAAAGAGAGCAGUUUUUAGAUAACAACGCAGUUUUUCCACUAAAUAUUUUUGAUACUUACAUAUAUAAAUGUCGUGGGGUUGGGAGUGUAGAGCGAAGUUUGUGAAACAACUACCCGCAAAACCGACUGAACGACGCGGGCUAAUUUCAGGCGAAAGAGGUUGUCCAGGUCCAAAUCGAUACGAGGCACCGCAAAUAUUCUGUGGCAAUGGAUACUCAAAAAUAAGACGCUCGCCAGCUUAUACUUUCGGUCAUCGAACAAGGUCUAGUUUCUCUAAGCCUGUUACUACACCUUUUGCACCGAUGUUCGGCUGUCAAGGAUUAGGAAGCAAAGGUCAAUAUAGAAUAACUCACUGCGUCAUCACACCACAUAUUGAGUCUCCAUACGAUAGAGUGAAAAUACCAGGACCUGGAACAUAUGCCCCCACAGCCGUAUCUCAAUACAAACGACCACCAUCAUACAGCAUGCGACCUGCAGCAAGACCGCCUUAUCAAGCAUGGGACCAGUGGACUCCGCCACCAAAUAUGUACUACCCUCCAAUACCUGCCAUAAAAGCGCCAGCAUACACUCUCGGUUACAUGGAAAGAGGCUUAAAAGCACAAAAUUUCCCGGGGCCCGGCGAACACGAGCCAAACUUUGACUACGUCAAGAAAAACAAACCUGCAUUCUCUUUUGGUAGCCCAUUUAAGAGUUUAAGACCACCGAAGACGCCGCCUCCGAACGCUUACUGCGAGAAAAAGUUCAUGGUAACGAAGAGAACAAUGCCGACUCCGUCUUUUGGUAUACGUCACACACCCUAUUUAGGGCGACACGAAGUACCUUUGAAAUCAUCUAAAUUAGGUUUAAUAAUAAACGGCGCUCAUUAAAUUAAUUGCACUUUAUUAGCAAUUAAGUUAGAUAAUUUUAUUAUUUCAUGUAAUUUUACUGAUGUACCCUGUCUACUUAGUAGGUUAUUGUUUCUAGAGUUUCUUAUACCUUAUGCUGAUAUUAAUAAAGUUGUAUAUUGACU